AUGAAUGAGAAACAAAUUCUCGGCGUUGCUGGUAGCAGUAAUGAUGUACACCUUAUGACAUUAGAAUAUUAUAACGAACAUAAAGAUGAACUGAAAGGAGAGAAGGGUGACACCGGACCUCAAGGACCACAAGGAAUACAAGGAAUACAAGGACCUCAAGGCGAAAACGGUUUGGAUGGUGAAGAUGGAAAGGAUGGAAAAACUGCUAAAUCAUGGAUAUGGAACCUUAUAAAUACUGGUUUAACAGCUGCUUCAUAUGGAGUUCUUCAAUACCAAAUCGGAAAGAUAUGGGCAGUACUUGGUGAAGAAGUUUUAGAUGACGUUAAAAAUGCUUUGAACUUCAUUUCAAAUGGUUCGGAUACUAUUAAAACUUUAUCUGGUUGGAUGCAAGAAACAAGGAGUCAAAUAGAUACUGUAAGACGUAUAGCAAACAAUGCACGUACGGGAUUGGAUACUUUACGAGAAGCACAAAAUACACUAAAGGAAGCAAAUGAUAUUCUUGGCUCAGUAUCAGACAUGCAUGAAGAUUGGCUUAAAGGUAUUGACAAAUCUUUAAAAAAUCACAGUCAGUCUAUUGCUGACUACAAGAAAAGUAUAGAUUUUUUACAUAGUGCUAUGGACGUACAUGAUGGAAGCAUAAGGAACUUACUUAAUGCUAACAAUAACUUACCAGGAACUAUUAAAGCAUUUAUAAAGUCCUUUGUAAAACCUGGUGCUCUAACAUUUAGGUCUUUGAGAGCAAGAGCAUUGAAGUCAAGAGAUGCAGAAACUACAACAGAACCUACAGAAGGAACUGAAACAACAGAAACUCCAGAAGAACCACCAAAACCAACAGC